UUCAUGGAUACUUCUAUAGAAGGAUACAGAACUAUUUGGCUCUCCCAGGCCCAGUUCGAAGCAACGAAACGUAGGUUUUAUUUUAAGAUAUUGAAGAAAGUCACUCAUUAAGGGAAUAGUAAACGUUGACGAUGAAUAAUCAAUACUUUUGAUCUGAUAUGAAUAUUACCCUUAUUAUAGAUAUCCCCUAAAAAAAACGAACAAUAUCAGCAAUAGACAAUUAUACAAGCCAUUGUGGAAUAAUUUAAAUUCGUGGGUGCCAAUUUUGUGGAUAGUGGAAAUUUCAUUGUUUCGUUGGGAUGAUUUCGUGGAUAUGGUUUCUGUAAUUAGAUAAUUGUACGUUUCGUUUUGGUUUGAAAUUUAUGGAAUACGCUUAUCCACGAAAUCCACGAACAUUGAUUCCCAAUGAGAUCUAAUGAAUCCACUGUAUGCUACAAAGAAACAAAUCAAAAUAACUGUCUUUAUUACCGAAGCAUAUUUAAAAAAAAAUUACCAAUACCGUAGACUACGAAGAAUGUGCUAUAAUUGAUGAACAACAUCGUCAGCGUGAAACCAGGAAGUGCUUUAUUAAUGAUCAACGAAUGACUUGCUUAUGUAAUAUGGAAACACUACUUUAGAUUUAUUUCAGCUUUUAAUAGCAAAGUGCAGCAUUAUAUAUCUAUAUUCAUUUUACACAUUAAAAAAUGGUACAGUUUGUUAUGAUUUGAAAAUUCAUGGGAUAGGGUUUCGCACGAAAUCCGCAAAAAUUGAGUCCCCUCAAAAUCUAAUGCAUCAAAGGCGACGAUAAUGAACAGUGAUAUAUCCCAUACCUCCUAUAAGCAAUACAAAAUAUAUAGUUGGGCAAACAUGGACCUCUGGAUAUAUCAGAGGUGGGAUCAGGUGCCCAGGAGCAAGCAUCCCCCGUCGACUGGUCACACCCGCCAUGAGCCCAAUAUGUUCAUCGGGCAAACGGAGCCAUUCGCAGCCAAAACAAGUGCGCCAUGAACGGCCUAACAACCGUCACGAAACAUGUCAGACAUAAUGUGAUCCAAUGAGAGAUCUCGUCGACACCAGAGAGGAAGAGGUUCCUGCGUCCUAUUCAUACUCGACGUGUCUGAGAGUAUGAGAGGAAGAGCUUUCAGGGAAAUGAAGACAGCGGUUAUGGACAUUCUGGAUGAAUUUACACAGCAUAGACCACGCCUUGAUGAAAAUGUUUCUGUAAUAGUCUUUGGACAGGAAACUAAAUUCCUUCACUACUACUCAAACCAAUAUGCUGCAAUAAAACAGAGCAUAGAGGAACUGGAAUGUUCCGGUCCAUCUCCCCUGACUGCCGCCUUCAUGUUGGCUCUUGGUGGAUUAUUCAAUGGAGCAGCGCACUCCGUACAAGUUGGAGACUUUCAAUUGCAUCCCCGAGUAGUCGUUUUCACUGACGGUAAACCAACGGACUUCAGGAACUUAAAUACCAGUGAUAUUGAGACGGAUCAAACACCUGAUACUCGUUUAAUGGCAAUCCUAUGUUCACAUACCUCUCAAAUAGGAGAAAAUCAUCCGAUUUUCUGUUUUCCAGUUGGAGAAAAUCCUAAUUACGCUUUAUUGCAGACAAUAUCGUCGCUGUCUAAUGGAGGAAAAGUUUUAGAGACUCGUAAAGCAAAGUGUUUUGGACGUUACGUCAUGCAUCAUGUAGCAGCGGGUCGUAUUUCCAAGGCAACAAAUGAGAAAAUAAUAGAAAGAGAAAACUUGAGAUUUGUCGCUGAUUUGCUCAUCCCUGAUGAGACAUAUGAUGAGGACGAUUUGGAUAUUAUAUACGAGUUGAUACAUAAUAGGGAGAGGAUUCUCGAAACCCAAAAUAGAAUGGAUGAGGACUCGGAUGACCUCAAUUACAAAGAAAAAUAUUCCACGGUCCCCUGUCUCGGUACAAGAGUUUGCCGCGGCCCCCACUGGAAAUCUCAGAACCAGGACAGCGAGGGCAAUGGGACUAUAGUUGGACACGGAGAUAAAGCUGGCUUCGUGCGAGUGGAAUGGGAUAAUGGGAAUCGGUCUGUUUACAACUACGGAAUAAAUGAUGUAUAUGAUAUUGUGAUUUGUGACGAACCAAGAAUUCCUAUUGAUGGAUUUGUUGCUGUUGGAUGUUAUGUAAAGAGAGGCCCUGACUGGAAAUGGGAAGAACAGGACGGCGGGAAGGGUUCUAUAGGAACAACUUACCGAGUGAUGGAUAACGCCAGCGUUUACGUUCGAUGGCCCUGUGGACGGAUGGGUAACUACAGAUUUGGAUACGACGGAAAAUACGACAUUGAAGUUUGCGAUCCGUUUUCCCCGGACGUGAAGAAAGCUGUAACAGAACAAUGGCGUACAUCACAAAUAUCUGCUUCACUCCACAGCCUUCCUUCAACAGAUUUUAAGGGUGAUUUUGCUGCGAAGGGAUCACACUACAAUAGACCAAAUGAGAGCCAUCAAAAUAAAGAACAUAAGGGACCUUCAGCUUGGAUGAAUGAAAAAUCAGAUCUUUGUUCAAAUGAUGUCAUGUUACGUAAUGAAACUAGUGUUGAUUCCACUGAAACUAAACAUUUCUACAGAUCUGAAUCAAACAUACGAGCGGGACAAACAUUGAGUACUGAUAGAACAAAUAUGACCGACUCAAGUUCGGAACUUCAAUCUCCUAUGGGAGUCGAUGACUUACAAACUGAUUUUGUAAGCAAUUUCAGUCCCAAAAAUGAUUUACAGACUCGAGAAGUAGGGCAUUCUGAUACUAGAAGGCCCGUUAGUCCAAAUGAUUUUCAAAAUACAUUGUAUGCCAUACAAAACAGUUCUCCUGGUGAUAAGCAAGCAUCAGUAUCUGACGUCACUAUGACAGCAAACCAAAGAAAAAAAUCAAUGACAAACAAAGAAAUGGGUUCAAAUAUUCCGCCGCUACUAAAAAAUGUUAUCGGUUCUAAAAACAUUUCCACAAAUUCUAGUCGGUGUUGGCAGUGGAGAGACUCCAAUGGUCACUGGGUAGACUAUCCUGAUCAUGUGAAUGAUUUCAUCAACCACAGGCUUCAACAGCGUCCUCAGUCUACGGUUGUCAUUAAUUAUAACGCUCAAAGUUUCAGACUCGUAGCAUCCAGAAUGAUUCAGAUCAACACAGACACAAAGGAGACACACCGAGUUAGAUGGAAGAAUAUGUAGAAGCUGGUUGGUGUUAUAAAGGAUCAACACCAGUAGAGGAACAAAGAGUGUCAUUAAACAUAUUGUAGAAUCAUCCCUUUAGGAGUAUCAACGAGUCCAGUUUACUAGUUAUGUACUUUGAUUCUAUGGUACCAAAAUAUUUCUUUUUGCUAAAAGAAAACCCCAUGGAAUUGUUAGUAUUGAAUACGGGAAAAUAAAUGGCGGUGGUAAUUUUCGCUAUAUUUGCGGUCUAGACAAAUCCGUGAAUGUAAGAAACCGUGAUUAUUUUUAUUAUUCUUUAAUACACAAUGUGUUUUAAAAUGGGAAAGGAGCUUAUAGUGAUUCAAAUCCGCGAAUUUAUGAACCUGCAAAUGUGUCUAAAAUGUUAUUUUAAAAAAACGCAAAAAUUACAACCCGUGAAAUUCUUCCCCAUUACAGUAUUUUAUUUAUUUUUUAACGGCAAUUGUUAGGCUUUUUUUCAGAAAUGAAAAUUAAAACGAAAUUUCUGUUAUUAUGAAUAUAUUUUAUGGCAUGGAAUGUAAUUCAUUUUUACAAUUUCUCAAUAAACAGUGGGAUAACUUUGUGUAGAGUUACCGGUAUAUAGGGAGGGGUAGUAUAUUUCAACUUUUCAACAUCAUAGAAAAUUUACGACCCGGUUACUUUUUAAAGAAAUUGUAUAAUUUUACUUCUUAUGACAAAACUCAGUCACAAAAUAUAUAUCAACCCAUGUAUUUAUUUUUACAUUUGUAUUACGUGUCCUCAAGAACAUAGGAUACCCAAAAACGAAUUUGUAAUAAAAUUUUGUGAAAUUAU